UUCACUCCAACCCCUGCUAGUCAGGGGUCCGGGAGCUUCUGGCCUGCUCCCCGCUUGGAGUGUGACCCCUGGAGCACCCAGGCCCCUGGAGUGUAUGGUGAGCGUGACCAGCUGGACAGGCUCUACCUGGGAGACAGGCCACACUCUAAGGGAGCCAGUAGCCCUGUACACAGGCAAAUGGCCAGAAUGGAUUUCUUUGCAGGAAACGAAAAAGGCAGGGAACCUCCAGAGCCCUCACUCCCUGCAGGCCCCCAAGUGUCUCCUGGGGACCUGGUGCGCCUUGGGCAUCACUGCUGCCCUGGCCCGUGCUCAGGUGCAGCAGGACGGCUCUCCCAGGAAGCGGCUAUGCCGGGAGCCGGGAGCUGAGGGCCUGCAUGCGUGGCCCCCUCCUUACUCUGUCGGCCAAACUCCCAUGCGGAGGAGGACUUGGGUUUUGGCUGACAUGAGGCUUCCUCUGGGGUGUGCCCUGAACCCCCAGAUGGUAAGUGCUCUGGAACCGAACCUGCAACAUCUCCAAGGUGUGCCUGUAUUUGUGGAGUGCGUGAAAACAUGUCUCCAAAGAAUAAUGGAACAGGGGUCUUGUCCUUUCCACGGGAGCCAGUCUGCAGGGGCUGCAGCUCCUGUAACCCAGUCGCCCCUGAGGAAGACAGAUGCAGCGAGCCUCGCCUUGCUGGAGAAGUGUGGCUUCCAGAGGCUGUGACACAGGCCAUCAAGGGGAACUGACUGAAGCUGACGUGAAGAUACAGCUGCCUUCUAUUUGGCCUUUAAAAAGGGACGUAAAAGUGUCAAAUAAUGCCAUUCUCCUCACUGAAUUUGUUUCUGAAAAUGGUUGUUUUU